AUGGGGCAAGGAUCUGGGUCUGAGUUUGUUGAGAAGCUGUUCAGGAUGGUGGAGGAUCCAGCAAACUUCAGGUACAUCUCGUGGAGUGCAGAUGGGAGGAGUUUUGUGAUAGGCAGUCAGGAGGAGUUUUCGGAGGUUGUUCUUGAGAGGCAUUUCAAGCAUAAAAACUGGAGCUCGUUUGUGCGGCAGCUGAAUAAGUAUGAUUUCUACAAGAUCAAGAACGAUGCAGAAAAGUGUAUGGGAUCUGUGUGGACGCCGUGGGAGUACAAGAACAGAUAUUUCCAGCGGGGAAGGCCGGACCUGCUGAGCAAGAUCCGAAGGAAGAAGGCGCCGAGCGAGAUGGGAGGAGGGGAGGGCUCUCGGCCGAAGCAGAUUGAGAGCAGUAUUGUUUACCAGUCACACGUUCUGAGUUCUAUUCGAAGCAUUUCUAAGUAUUUGAGAGCUGUUGUUGAGGACAUAAACGAGCUGAAGAGGGCUAUUUAUUGCGAGAGGCAGGGUGUUACUGCCCGGGUGAAUGUGCUGUGUGUUAGGGAGUCAGGAAGCAUGCCUGAAUGUUUUGUGGAGGCCCUGAGGAGCCCUGGAUAUGCAUUGACGGUUGUUGAUGGAAAGUGUGGUAUUGAGAGUGUUGCGAGGUGGGGAUAUGAUGUAGUGGUGAUGUAUGUGGUUUCUGUUUAUCAUGGUGUGUUGGUGUGCCGCAUUCGAGAUGCAGACAAGGAUGUGCCGAUUAUAUUGGCUGUUGAUGAAGGAUUCAGGGAUGAGUACCUGGGGAUGGGAAGCAGUGAUGCAGCAGAGGUGUUUAUGGCGCCUUUUGAUGCAAAGUCGCUGGCAGAAUGCAUAAGCAUGCAUGGAAGAGCAGGCCGUUUAUGCAAGGAUAGUGUGUAG